AUGGCUGCUCGCUUCCCCGAGGUCCAGGGCGGUGGCUCGCUCAUCCUUGCGUGGCAGGUGCGCAACAAGCGCGUCCUUGUCGUGGGCGGCGGCGAGGUCGCUGCCGGCCGCAUCCUGAACGUCCUGAACGCCGACGCAAAGGUCACGGUAGUCUCGCCCGCCGACGGCCUGAACGACGAAGUAGCAUACCGCAUCGCCCAGAAGCAGGUCGACUAUGUCGAUCGCAAAUUCGAGCCGUCCGACCUCGAUGGCGUCGACAUGGUCCUUACAGCCGUCGACGAUCCCGAGGCCUCGACCCAGAUCUACAAGCUAUGCAAGGAGAGGAGGAUAGCGGCGAACAUUGCCGACGUGCCCCCCGAGUGCGAUUUCUACUUUGGGAGCGUGCACCGCGACGGCCCGCUGCAGAUAAUGGUCAGCACCAACGGCAACGGGCCAAGGCUGGCCAAUAUUGUGCGGAGGCAGAUUGCGGCGACCCUGCCUCCCAAUAUCGGCGCCGCCAUCCAGAAGGUUGGUCUGCUGCGGCGGAAGCUAAGGAAAAUCGCGUCGCGCCAAGAAGAAGGUCCAAAGCGCAUGCAAUGGAUGUCUAAGGUUUGCGAAACCUGGAGCUUGGAUGACUUAGUGGAGAUGGACGAAGGCGAUAUGGAAAAGCUCUUGGGAUUCUACAAGCCUAAUACCGUUCCAUCAUUCCAAGAGAUCAGAUACGGCCAGCAGUCCAACACGGUGGGCUCUUUUGGCGCGUUUGGCUGGUGGUGA